AUGGGUGUGCUCCUCCACAAGAUGAAAGGCAUUCUCGCGUCGGUCACGUCGUGCAUCGGCGGCACGCAGGAGCGCUACGUCGUCUGCGUCAAGUCCUCCGAGCGCGGCCUCUGGUACGUCUACAAGCUCCACGCGGACUUCGUCGCGCUCUACGAGACCCUCCUCGCGCUCGCAGCCUCCUCGAGUUGCGCGCAAGAGUGCUGGCUCGCGCCGCUCCUCAUUGGCCUCAAAGCGAGCCUCGACCCGACCGCGGGCGAGAAGCUCUCGAGCCUCAACUCGUUUCUGCACAAGCUCAUGGCGGUCCAGUCGGCCGAAGCGCACGCGGACGUGUGCCUCCUCCGGCCCAAGAUCGAUGCGCAGCUCAAGACGUUCCUCGAGUGGAAGCACGACUGCAGCGUCGGCGUCAAGCGAGCCGCGGGCUCCGAGUGCAUUGUGCUGCAGCCGCCGCCCGGCGCCUUGCGACGCACGACCUUUAGCAUCAUCCAGUCCAAGGUCGUCGUGCCGACGCCGUCCCACCCCGGGUCGCCGCUCAAAGCGCGUCGCCUCCACGACCUCGACUGCCGCGACGCGCCUGCCCGCCGCCGCGUGUACACCGAGGUCAACUUUGACGGCCUCUAG